AAUGCAAUAAUACGCAGUUUAGGGUGCCGUCCUAAGAGUUUGUUAAUGAGUAAUGACUGUUAUCUUCUUUUUGGAAAAGUCGGCCUUUUUUGUUGAUUCGUUUUUAAUAGAUUACAACGGACGAAUGGAAAAUAAUUGCCACCAUACCUUUUUUAAUACUCGGUGUAUUUUCAAGGUGCCUGUGAAAUUAUUUUAAAUACCGCGCUUUAUUUUUUCUGCAGUGCUACUCUCGUGUGUGUUGCAUUUCCGUUCAUCAUAUUAUUUUAUUUUAAUAAACUACAAUGUACUCACGCUGUGUGUCGAUAUCGAUAAAAAGGCGUUACGCACGCAGUCAGCGACGAUGAAUAUACUUUUUUUUGGCUCUUUUUCAUAGUUGUCACUUGACGAUUCCAUUGAAUGUUAUAAUGGAACUGAACCAGGUAACAAAUGUUUCAGACCUAUUCAACAAAUUUAUGCCAGAUACUAAUAUGGAUGAAGCUCAAAGACGUUUUAUCACAACAGGUUUUCAAAGUCGUACUACGUUAAACAUGGAAAGAAAAGCUGCGUUUAUACCUAAGCCGGCAAGUUGUUCCAUUGGAAGUCAAACUAUCAGCCUUAAAGACACCGACGAUCGAAGUUUGUAUUAUUUCCCUUCGUGCACGCGGGUAGACCGAUGUGGAGGGUGUUGCAGUCACGAUCUGUUGGCUUGUCAACCGACUAAAACCGAGACACUCCACUUCGAAGUAUUGGUAUCGCAGUACAACGGAGAAGGAAAAUUAGAAUUCAAAGGCAGAAAAACGGUGUCCAUAGACCGGCAUUUGAAGUGCAAGUGUGGAUGCGUCGUUAAAGAAGAAGACUGUGGCCCAUUGCAGACGUAUAAUAUCAAAGAAUGCCGUUGCAAGUGCAGCAACGAAGAUGACGAAGAGAAGUGCAGCGACGAAUACCAAUUGAAGGAAUGGAACUCGGCGACGUGCAAGUGCGAAUGUCGUGAAAUCAAAGAAUGUACUUCGGGAUACGGAUUUGACAAUUAUACUUGCGGGUGUGAACCCAUAAGAAUAAGAACUAAAAACACCGGUGGUACUCAAUUGAACAGAAACAAAUAUUCAUUAGUGGUGUCAUGAGCUCAAUUAUCCGAAAAAAAAAACCAUACUAAUUAU